AUGCGCGAUAGACGUUCUUACAGGAGUUCCAGCCUCUUCGGGAACGCGCCUAAGUCUAUCGCCGUGGCCGGAACCGCCUCGCGGAGCUACACCGACGGCUCUCGGGCUACGCCAACGACGACUUCAUCCGCACCUUCGCUGAGCAGCUCGGCCAGGCCAACACUAACUUCCUUGAGGCGCUCUAAACGAAUCGUCAUAACUUCGACCCGCUCACUCUCCUCCGCCGUGCGGAUGCGUUCCGCCUACAGCGAUGGGCUCGAGUCGGGCCAUACGCUCGUCGAGGUGACGGCGCUAAACCCCUUCGACCCACAGUACACUCAGGCGAUGAAUCAGGCUGCUGCCGCUCGAGGCUACGUUCGAGGCUAG